UUACACGCUUAUUCAUUGAGCAGCUCUCGCUUGGAAUACAUUAUUCCAGCAAUCUGCUCAUGAAAGUAGUUUUAUGAAUAUUUGUCAGUUGCUUGAAGGCUGUUGCGUGUGAAUCUAACAUGGAUCCUCGCGUGGCCGCGUUUAUCAUUUCGCUCUUCUGCGCGCUCUGCACCGGCGCCGCGCAACACUUGGACACAGAGGGGCUGUCAGACGCGUCCGUGUACCUUCAGCAAGAGUCCAACAGCACCAACUCGUCUGAUCUGACUUAUGGGUUCAUAUCCUGCGCCGUGGCCGCAGUCUUUUUCGGGAGCAACUUCGUACCAGUGAAAAAGAUAGAUACUGGUGAUGGUAUGUUUUUCCAGUGGAUUUUAUGUGCUGCUAUAUGGACAGUCUCCUUGGUGGUGAACAUCAUUCUGAACAGUCCAAAAUUUUGGCCUCUUGUUAUGGUGGGAGGAGCCAUCUGGGCUACUGGUAAUAUAACUGUAGUUCCUAUCGUAAAGACUAUUGGGCUUGGUCUUGGUCUUCUUAUAUGGGCUUCAUUUAAUUUGCUCUUGGGUUGGGCCAGCUCACGGUUUGGCUGGUUUGGUAUUGGUGCUGAGACUGUUUCCAAACCAGUAUUGAACUCCUGUGGAGCAGGUCUUUGUUUAAUUAGUGCCAUUGUUUUUUUCUUCGUGAAGACUGAUGUUCAAAGGUCAUCAACAUCUGAAGAAACCCCUUUACUAAUAGACCAUGCUGUGAACUCAGAAACUGUGGUGGCAACAGAUGAUUCCUGGGUGGAUGCAUUAAGACCACGCACCAAACGUCUUGUUGGAACGUGUCUUGCUGUCGUCGCUGGAGUGCUGUACGGGUCAUCAUUUGUUCCAGUUCUAUACAUUAAAAAUCAUGCAGAUGAUCCAAAAAGCCAAUACAGUGGGGCUAGCCAGUUUGAUCUGGAUUACGUCUUUGCACAAUAUAGUGGGAUUUUCCUCACUAGUACAGUGUAUUUCCUCCUGUACUGUGCCAUCAAAAAAAACAAACCACAAGUUUUUCCAAAAGCAGUGCUGCCAGGAUUCGUUUCUGGCAUCAUGUGGGGUGUGGCCACGUGCUGCUGGUUCCUGGCCAACCACUAUCUCAGUGCUGUAGUGAGCUUCCCUAUUAUCACCACAGUUCCUGGACUGAUUGCAGCUCUUUGGGGUGUUGUAGUGUUUAAAGAAGUGAAGGGUUGGCGAAAUUACAUUGUCCUCAUCGUUGCUUUCUGUCUUGUUCUAUCUGGGGCAUUACUGACUGCGUUUUCAAAGGUUUAAACCUUUUAAGACAAGAGAGAGAAAUGUACAAAAAGUCUUCGGUGGAGCGUUUUAACAUUAUAUUUUUUUUUAUUUAAAAUCACUGCUGUUUAAAUAUUUUGAAUACUGCAAAUGAGAUUUAUUAUGCGGUUUAUACAGGUUACGCAGCUACAACAACCUGAACAAAAUCGAGAAGAAAUAUUGUUUAUAUUAGGGAGGGAUAUGGUCCUAAAAUACUUGAAAUGUUUCAGCAAUAUUAGCACAGAUGUUAUGUUAAUGUUAUUGGGAAGUUACGCAAUUAUAUCUCACUAUAUUUUACUUCUAUUUGAAUUAACACUUUUUAAGUCAUGUUUACACUAUAGUGGACCUCAUUUCACUGUAUGUUUGCACAUGUAAUGGUUGCUUUUUUAUUAUAUUGAUGGAUCUGACUGCACAGGAUAAAAGCAGGAGUUAUAUAGCAUAAAGACAAUUGAAAACAAAGCUUAUUUUAAAGCAAAUUUUAAAAAGGUGGUGACUUUUUAUGACAAUUAUGCAAAUUUUCCACAUCCUUUCCAUU